AUGGGGGGCCCGUUGAUGCUCUGGGCAGCCCUGGGCAUAUGCUGCUGGGCAUCCAGUGCCUCUGGCUGGUCAGUGAACAAUUUCCUGGUAACAGGUCCCAAGGCCUACUUGACCUACACUACCAGCGUGGCCUUGGGCGCCCAGAGUGGCAUCGAGGAGUGCAAGUUCCAGUUUGCCUGGGAACGCUGGAACUGCCCUGAAAAUGCCCUCCAGCUCUCCACCCACAACAGGCUGAGAAGCGCCACCAGAGAGACUUCCUUCAUUCAUGCGAUCAGCUCUGCUGGAGUCAUGUACACCAUCACCAAGAACUGUAGUAUGGGCGACUUUGAAAACUGUGGCUGUGAUGAAUCCAAAAAUGGAAAAACAGGAGGCCAUGGCUGGAUCUGGGGAGGCUGUAGCGACAAUGUGGAAUUUGGAGAAAGGAUUUCCAAGCUCUUUGUGGACAGUCUGGAGAAAGGGAAGGACGCCAGAGCCCUGAUGAAUCUUCACAACAACAGGGCUGGCAGGCUGGCAGUGAGAGCCACCAUGAGGAGGACUUGCAAGUGUCACGGCAUCUCGGGGAGCUGCAGCAUCCAGACGUGCUGGCUGCAGCUGGCUGACUUCCGGGAGAUGGGAGACUACCUCAAGGCCAAGUAUGACCGGGCGCUGAAGAUCGAGAUGGAUAAGCGGCGGCUACGAGCUGGGAACAGCGCCGAGGGCCGCUGGACGCCCACGGAGGCCUUCCUUCCCAGCGCGGAGGCCGAACUGGUCUUUUUGGAGGAAUCGCCAGAUUACUGCGCCCGCAACUCCAGCCUGGGCGUCCACGGCACGGAGGGUCGCGAGUGCCUGCGGGGCAGCCGCAACGCGUCGAGGUGGGAGCGGCGUAGCUGCGGGCGCCUGUGCACCGAGUGUGGGCUGCAGGUGGAGGAGAGGCGAGCCGAGGCCACGAGCAGCUGCAACUGCAAGUUCCAGUGGUGCUGCACGGUCAAGUGUGACCAGUGCCGGCAGGUGGUGAACAGGUUCUACUGCGCACGCUCCCCAGGCAGCGCCUGA